AUUUAAAACCAGAAAAUUAAAACAUACAUAAUCAUGUCCAGCGGAUUUGUUCGCAGCAGCUACAAAUUGUUCGUCGGCAACCUGCCAUGGACGAUAGGUAGCAAGGAACUGCGGACCUACUUCUCAAAGUACGGGCACGUGGCCAACGCGGAGGUGGUCUUUGACCGGCAACUGGGCCUGUCCAAGCACUAUGGCUUUGUGGUUUUCAGCCAACGGGAUGCCUUCAACAGCGCCAGCAACCAGAACACCCAUUUCCUCGAUGGACGAGUGCUCACAGUCCAGCGGGCGAAUGAAAGUCCUCAGAGUUAAUCAAUGAAGAAUUUAAUGAUUUAUUGGUUAGACCAAAGGAAAAGCAUGAGAAAUGUUUGUUAACAGCUUAGUUUUACACAAAUGAAUGCAGCACUUGCUUC